CUCACCAACGUUCUCAUGAAACGAAACCUGAAAGAGUAAACAAUGGCAGAAGAAGAACUCAACAAUGGCUACUGUAGCAGCAGUGGCGAUGAAGACGGUGACGCAGCAUGGAAAGCAGCCAUUGAUUCCGUUGCUGGAACAUCCUCCUAUGUCACUUCCUUCAUGAAUGGAUUUUCCGCCACCAACAACAAUGACACCAAGAAGAAGCAUAAUGAUAAUCAAAACCCUAAAUCCCCAAAGAUUAAGCACUACCAACUUAAGGCACUAAAGCUUUUGGAUGACAUAUUGGAAAAUACAAUUGAGAUAGUGAAAGAACCUAUUCCUGUCCUAGAUGAGGAUCCUAAUGUCGAUGAUUGCGGUAUUCGCUUGUUUAGACAUUCUAAACCAGGAAUAGUUUUUGAUCAUGCAGAUGAACCCCAACCGCCAAUGAAACGACCUAAACUAGUUCCGGGAGAAGAUAUUGAUGAGAAAUCAAAGAAGUUUAGAAGACGGAUUCGAUCUAUUGCUGUAGAUGGAAAUGAUUUAAUUGCUGCAGCAAAUGAUGCAUACAAGAAAUCAUUGGCUAGACUAGAAGCUAAAGAUGCAGCAGCAAAAGCUAAAGCCAAGAGAGAGGAGGAAAGAAUUGAGAAAUUGAAAAAAUUAGGGGAGAAAGGUGGUUACCGUCCAUGGCCAAGGAGAUGCAGGCUAAGAUCAAAAUCAAACACUGAUAGUGUCUUCGGAGAUGCAGGUCAAACAUCAAUACUGACGUUGGCUUUGAAUUAUUAUAGUUUUUACUUCAAUGCUAUUUAUGUGUAUCUUGAUGAUAAAAAUUGUUGAUUUGUUAGUGGCUUUUUGUACCUCAAAACAAUGUAGUUAUAAAUUAUUUAUUUAGCUAUAAAAAAAUAUCUUGUAUUUUUAUCAGUGACAUUAGUUUUUAUUAGUGUUUUAUUAGUGCAA